UAACAAAGUAUCUAGGGCGCGUGUUGCUAUUGACAAAACAUGGCAGGUGUCUGGACAAGUUUUCGAUAGAAUUGUUAUUGUUUUUAUUUUAUUUUAUUCAUUAUUACAGAUUUAUGAACAUACAUUGAAGUAACAAAAUGACAGCUGGAUCUAUCCCAGUCCCAGCCAUUAUACCCAUAAGGACCCCUCUUCCAGGCCGGUCAAAGCUAUCAGUAGACUCCAACACCAAAAUUGAGCUAUCAAUUGAUGGUAAACAAGAAGCAAAAAUAUUUUACACAAUAAAUGGAACAAAGCCAGAUCCAUUUCCGAAAGUUGGAGUGGAGAAAUGCACCAUGCAGUACAUGGGACCAUUUACUCUUCCUUCUGGAAAACAGACAGUUAAGGCUUUAGCACUGUCAAAAGAUGGAAUGAGGGAGAGUAAUGUAGUUACCAAGGUUUUUGAGGUGGAGUUUGCCCCUGUUCCUCAUUCUCCCCCUGUCGAUGAUGAUCUUGGGUUUCAAGAUGAAAUUGACCAAGAAAAAACCAGGCUGAAUACGAAGAGAGCAGCCAAAAAUUUGAUGUUAUCAGAAGGUACAGCUUGGACUGAUGUAUCGGCGAUGAAAACAGCAACUCAAAAACUAUCAGAUAUGACAGUGUCGGGGUCCUCUCACAGACGUCCUUAUGCUGAUGCCAGAUUUUCCAGUGCAAGGAGAAACAGAGAGACCAGCAUGCGUCAUGAGUCCCUCCAGAGGCCCCACUCAGCUAAGCGUCUUCCGGAGACCACGGCGGCCAUGAGACUGGAACAGGAACUGGAUCAGAUGAGAACUUCUUAUUACACUGGUGAUAUGGAUUUAUUUGGAAAAUAUACAAAUGGAAUGGAUACCACCUCGCCCUCCUCCCAACCAAAAGUCUCCGUCCCAACAAGCGACAUCAGAAAGAUGGGUAUGUGUCAGUACUGCCGGUCGGUGGUGCCUUUCUCUGUCCCCACCUGUGUAGUUUGUGAGGGCCCCAUACCAGGACAACAUAAGCCACCACCACAGACACAGUGGUUACCUGUUAGUUACCCCAUCAUGCCCCCAUCAACCACAGCAGCACCGCGCCGACCCACCGCCAGUGCCUCCACUCAGACGGUAGGACUCUUCUACCCAUCGGACAGAGAACUAGCCAAGAAGCAGGAACAGGAGGAGGAGAAGAAGUCAUUUGAGAAACAGCUGAGAGACAGGAGGCCAUUGCUGACUGCUGUCAGUCCAGGCAAAGGCUACUGGAGAAAGCAGGUGGAUCACAUGUGUGCACACCUGAAAGCUCAUGCACAAAAUGAGGCAGAAUUCAGAGCCCUCAUUGGUGAACCCAAAAUGGGAAAGCUCCUGACUAGCACAGUACAGGAAGAUGGUUACGAACUAAGUGUGACAUUGACCUUUGCCCUACGCAACAACAAAGACCCCCUGGCUGGGCGCAAGAUCGCGAUGAGUGGAGACUACCUGAGCCAGCACACAGAGCAGGAUAGCUGGCACAACACCGACUCAGACGAAAGUGUAGAAGUUGUAACAAAGAAAACAACCAAGAAAACGAAACCCAAGAAAAAAGUAGGACCAAAGAUAGCAGCAAUUGAUCAGAAAUUACUACGAGAGCUUGGUCCCAAUGGUGAGGGAGAUCCUUCUGAAGUGCAACAGUUGAUAGACGAGGGAGCCAAUGCCGAGUGUACCAAUAAAGAUGGCCUAUCCUGCAUCUAUGUGGCUAUCAAAAAUAAGAGAGCAGCUUGUAUACCGGUCUUAGUGGAAGCUGGAGUUGACAUCAACAUGAAGGGGCCAUCCUCUAUCAAGGGCAACACCCCCUUACAUGAGGCUGUUGGACUGGGACCGUCAGGGUCAGAGGUCAUCUCUGUUCUCCUAGAAAAUGGGGCAGACCAGACCAAGAAAAACGACAGAGGAGAGACCCCAUAUGACUUGGCUGUCAAAGGGGGGUAUGACAGUACAGUGAAAAAGUUCGCCUCAGCCAUGGGCAGCUCACAGCUGAAGAAGAUGGUCAAACCCAAGACUACGAUACCAGCAUCUUAAUAGAUAACUUUCAUAUCGCUGAGAAAAGGUUGUUUGGGAAUGUCUGAUGUUGAGGAUGGUGUAUUUUGUGUUUAUGGAUACUAACCUUACACACAGACUGUUUUUUCAUUGUGUACAAUACAGACUGAUGAAAGUUGUGAUUGAUGUUGGAGAUAGAAGGAUAUAGAAUGUAUAGAUGAAGUAGAAAUGAUAUUGAUAUUUUCACAGAUUUAUAAUUGACAGUGAGACAUAUCAAUGAUAUUUAUUUUCCUGUUAUUAAUUAUUGCUUUUGAAUGUUACAAAUACUGUUUAUUUCCAAAGAUACGGUAAUCCAAGAAUUGUUGAUAGUUGACUGUUUAGUGAGCCCCAAUUUAUAGUCGUACAUAUUUCUUCCUCUCAUAAAGUUCUGACUUCUAUUAAUUGUUACCUCAGUAACAUCCUGUUGUAGUGGGCACUCGGAUUCAGCUUGUUUAGAUUUCUUUCCUAGAACUUGCUGUCCAUGACAAAGAUGAUAAUCAUUAAGAUGUAAAUUCUCAUUUUGUUGUUUAUUGUAUGAAUGUACCAUAAAUAUUUCAAUAGGAACAUGCAUGGUUAGUGUAAUAUCAAUUAAAAUGACAUAGAGGGGCUGAAUAAAAGAAAAAGCA